AUGCUGGUUAGCCUUUUUUUGGGCUCGAUCAGAACCACAUGUACAAUCACAUUCGCGGUCAUGUCGGGUUAUAUACGUACCGUUCUCCCAUCCAACUUCACUCCCUUCGCUCUAAAUUCGCACCCCGACAAGUCAUAG